AUGGUGAGAUUUUUCCCAAAUCCUUAUGAGGAUUACAAACCUGGAGCAGGAGUAGCGCUUAAUAAAGAUGAAAUAAUUGAACAAAUAAAUAGUCAUAUUAAUAAUAUAACAAAGCGCCUGCAGCCAUCUCAUAAAAAUGUUGAUGGAGGGCUGUACGUUGGAGUAACCGGCGUAUCGUAUAUGUUUUAUUAUUUAUCUAGAAAUACGUUGCUUUCGGAAAAUAAAAGUACGUAUAUCGAAAAAGCUUUAGAAUAUCUCGCUCCAGCGUUAGAAGUUUCGGCUGGCGAUAAAACCUCCUUCCUGCUUGGAGAUGCUGGCACAUACGCAUUAGCGACUGUGCUAAAGAAAGAAUUUGGUGAUGAGCAUUUUGCAGAAAAUUUAAAAACGUACAAAGCUCUUUAUAGCUAUUAUUUAAAUCCGAAGUUCCUUAAAUGUGGAGGAGACGAAUUUUUUGUUGGUCGAGCUGGGUAUCUUGCUGGUGCUUUAUGGAUGAGCCGAGAGCUUCAAGCUCGAAUUUUUACAGAUGAUGAAUUGUAUAAAAUCUGUGACAUGAUGGUUAUAUCUGGUCGAGAAUAUUCAAAAAAACACAAAAGUCCAUGCCCAUUAAUGUAUCAUUAUUAUAAUACUGAGUACUUAGGUGCAGCACAUGGUGUAAGUUUCAUUUUGCAAAUGCUGUUAUCUGUGCCUGGUUAUUUAGAUUAUAAUAAGUCAGCUGCCCAUGAUAUUAAAGCUACAGUAGAAUACAUAGCUUCUAUACAAACUGAUGAAGGUAAUUGGCCUUGUUGUAUGGAAGAAAUUGGUUUGUCUGAUCAUAAACUGGUCCACUGGUGUCAUGGAGCACCUGGUGUGAUUUAUUUGAUGGCAAAAGCCUAUUUAAUAUUCAAAGACCAGAAAUUCAUCGAUGCCUGUGUGAAAGCUGGUGAAGUUGUUUGGAAUAAGGGGUUACUUCGUAAAGGUCCUGGGAUAUGCCAUGGCAUUGCUGGCAAUGGAUAUGUGUUUUUACUUUUAUAUAGAUUAACAGGAGUUGAGAAAUAUGUGCAAAGAGCUAAACUUUUUGCCGAUUUUAUGAAUACUGAUGAGUUCUUAAGAGAUGCAAGGCUUCCCGAUAACCCACAGAGUUUAUAUGAAGGGACAGCUGGGACCGUAUGUUUCUUAGCUGACCUUUUAGUACCAGACAAGGCUGAAUUUCCUUUCCAAGAUGUAUUCUCAACAUAUGAUUAU